CAGAUCACUUUCUUCCAUUUCUCCUUUCUCCCUGUCCCCACUCCCCUCCCGCUGCAUCGAUUCCUCCGUACCAUCCACCCAUGACGACCCCAUUUUUUUACUAAUCUUUCCUUACCCAGGACGCUUCCUCAUUCUUACCUCCUCGUUUCCACCGGAGACUUCCUGCAUUUCCUAAGCCUACUCGCUUGACCUCAUCAAUGGUGGCCUCCCACCGUCGUCACCUGUCAUUUCUUUCUGUCACCUCCCCCCUCCUUAUACUUUGCCUGCCUUCCCUCACACCGACUUCACUCCUGCGUUCAUCUUCUCCCCCUUCUCCUGACCCUUCUCCUUGACCCGUUCGUUCAUUCCCUGCUCCCUUCAGUGCCAAGCAUAGCAACCCACUUUCGCUUUCAUGGACAGUAGCAGGGGCAGCCACCGUGGCAGGGGCUACGGCCACAGAGGCCGAGGCCGUGGCCCGGUUAGCGACGGCGACCGAGACCCAAACAGGCGUUGGAGGCCAGCCGCUCCUACCCUUCCUCCUCGUCCUUCCCCAUCUCGUCCUCCUCCUCCUCCUGUUGACGAGAUUGUGACAGAGCUGUCUCGAGUGUCCAUUGGAGAUGUUCAAACUCCCAGCCAUGGAAUGGGAACUGUUGACAAGAUCUUCCCUGCCAAACGCCCCGAUAAAGGCGGCGUGCUUGCUGUUGGACAUGUUAGGCUUGUCGUGAAUCAUUUCCCGAUUCGAUUCAACCCUCAGAAGACGAUCCUUCACUAUGAUGUUAGUAUCAGACAGGACUUGCCCUCGGAGGACAGUCGGUCUGCAGCUCGAAUAUCAAAAUCGAAUCUUUCCAUGAUCAGGAAUAAGCUCUUUAUGGAGAAUCCUAGGGAAUUUCCCCUCUCGAUGACGGCCUAUGAUGGUGAGAAGAACAUCUUCAGUGCAGUUCCGCUGCCCACCGGGCAGUUCACGGUGAAGCUAAUGGAAGGGGAAGGAGAGAAGGAAAGGUCUUAUGUUGUCAGUAUAACGUGUGUGAAUGAACUCAAGCUGGCUAAGUUGAAGGACUACUUAGCGGGGAAGCUGUUGCAAAUUCCUCGAGAGAUAAUGCAGGGGAUGGAUUUAGUGAUGAAGGAAAACCCAGCUAGGAGGAUGAUCUCCUUUGGCCGGAAUUUUUAUCCCUUAGAGUCUAGGAGAGGGGAUGAUCUCGGUCAUGGGAUUGCUGCAUUUAGAGGGUUUCAACACAGCCUUAAGCCCACCUCUCAAGGCGUGGCCUUGUCGCUAGAUUACUCUGUCUUGGCUUUUCGGAAAAAGAUGGCAGUUUUGGAUUUUCUGAGAGAACAUGUCCACGGUUUUAAUGUAAGUAACUUUGGAAAGUUUAGAUAUGAAGCUGAGCAGGCGUUAAAGGGUUUAAAGGUCACAGUAACUCACCGGCAGACAAAGCAGAAGUAUAUAGUUGCGAAGCUAACAGAUAAGACCACGCGGAAUUUAUACUUCCCCGAGGAAGGGUCGGAUCAUCGGGGUCCAACAAGGGAAAUCUACCUCGUUGAUUAUUUUUGGAGGAAGUAUGGCAAAGAGAUUAGGUAUCUGGAUAUUCCAUGCUUGGAUCUGGGCAAGGGCAGUAAGAAGAAUUAUGUCCCGAUGGAGUUCUGCGUAUUGGUCGAGGGUCAGAGAUAUCCGAAGGAGCAGUUGGACUGGGAAGCGGGACGCAUGCUGAAACAAAUGUCCUUGGUUAGCCCUAGAGAUCGGCAGAUGCGAAUACACGAGAUGGUUCGUGCAGAUGAUGGACCGUGCGGUGGAGAAGUCAGUAAAAAUUUUGGGAUCGAAGUUGACAUGAACAUGACAAAAGUGGUAGGACGUGUCAUUGAACCACCAGGCCUGAAACUGGGGGACCGCGGCGGCAACCCGAUAAGGAUACAGGUUGACCCUGGGAAGUGUCACUGGAAUCUUGUCAAUAAUUCUGUUGCUGAGGGUAAAUCGAUCGAGCGGUGGGCUAUUCUCGACUUCAGCUCUUUUGACCGCAACAAAUUGAUCCAUGAAAAAUUUAUUCCAGAACUUGUGGAGAGAUGCCGAAAACUCAAGAUCCGUAUGGAGAAGCCCCUUUUCACUCAAAAGGCCUCGAUGAGAGCACUUUCGAAUGUCAGAAGUCUAAGAGACAUAUUUGGGGCAGUUGAGCACGAGGUCUAUAACUAUGGCGUAGGACGGUUACAGUUUCUUCUUUGUGUGAUGUCUAGAAAAGAUAACGGGUACAAGUACCUCAAGUGGAUCUCCGAGACAGAAGUUGGGAUAGUGACUCAGUGUUGUUUGUCAAACCUUGCUAACAGAGGCAAUGACCAGUAUCUUGCGAACCUCGCACUUAAGAUCAAUGCAAAGCUUGGUGGCAGCAAUGUUGAGCUCUUUGAACGCUUCCCCCUCCUGGAUAGCUCCCAUUUCAUGUUCAUUGGAGCCGAUGUAAACCACCCAGGGUCCCGCAACACGACGAGUCCUUCGAUUGCUGCAGUUGUUGGAAGCAUCAACUGGCCUGCAGCCAAUCGCUAUGCUGCAAGGGUCCGCCCGCAGGACCAUCGGAAGGAGAAGAUAGUGAACUUCGGUGAAAUGUGCCUAGAGCUUGUACAUAGCUAUGCCCGAAUGAACCAAGUCAGGCCUGCAAAGAUUGUUUUGUUCCGUGACGGGGUGAGUGAGAGCCAGUUUGAUAUGGUCCUCAAUGAGGAACUGGUAGAUAUCAAGCGUGCUUUCAGAACAAAGAACUACAACCCUUCCAUUACGCUCAUUGUAGCCCAGAAACGGCACCAAACCCGACUCUUUCCUGAGAGGGACUUGGGUGGGGGUCAUAACGGGAAUGUUCCUCCUGGCACAGUCGUGGACACCACAAUCGUCCACCCAUUCGACUUUGACUUUUAUUUGUGCAGUCACUAUGGUGGGAUUGGGACAAGCAAGCCAACCCACUAUUACGUCCUGUGGGAUGAGCAUGGCUUUGCCUCUGAUCCAUUGGAGAAGCUUAUCUAUAACCUUUGCUUCACCUUUGCUCGGUGCACAAAGCCUGUCUCGUUGGUCACACCAGUGUACUAUGCCGACCUGGCAGCCUACAGGGGGCGGCUCUACCACGAAGCAGUUAUGGACGAACGUUCCCCGGCAUCUAGGGCAUCGGUUUCCUCGUUCUCAUCUGGAGCUUCAACUUCAAUCUCAUCCGCGGGAUCUUUUGAGGAUGGCCUGUACAAGCUCCAUGGUGACUUGGAGAAUGUGAUGUUUUUUGUUUGAUAAGAUCUCAUAUCUUGAUCAAAUGAGGCAAGUAGCUGUUGUUUCUUCUAUGACGGAGGAAGCUUUGAACUUUUGUCUGGUCAGGCAAUUGGUAGCUUUACCUGCAACCGUCAUCAGGAAGAAGUCUCACUAGAGUUCUUUUUCAUGUCUUCGUAGGGAUUGAAUUGAUAGGCCUUCUGGAAAUGUGGAAUCUGCUGCAGUCUUUUAAGUGAAGGGCACCGACGGGUUGGUUUUUUGAAGUAGGAUAUGCAGGAUGGCUUAGACUACAGUGUGGUUUAGCAAGAACUCAUAUGAGUAAUGUAUGUGUAGGUCCGCUACGAGGGUCAGACUGACAACGUUAGUGUUGUAGUUUUCGAUCGAACCUAAAUGAAAUUGACAAACCAA